AUGUCAUCCAGCAUUGGCGAAAAAUGCACUAAGAUCAAGCAGGAGUAUGAUAGUUGCUUCAACACAUGGUAUUCUGAAAAGUUUCUCAAAGGCGACGCAACACCAAUGUGCGACGAGCUCUUUUUUAAGUACAAGGAUUGUCUUUUAAAAACAUUGGAAGAAAAAAAACUCGAUACAUUGCUUGCUGACGCACGCAAGGAUAACCCAUUCCCCAACGCCUCGUCCACUUCUUCGUCA